CCGACCUGUCUGCCGGGUCUGGGCAGGUUGGAGGGGGCGGGCAGCUCCCUUCUCACAGGUCCACGCCCUGUUCCCAGCACAGGGCCUGUAGCUGGCCCGGCCUGGUCUCCAGGGGGACCCUAGGCAGAGACAUUGGGGUCCCCGGAGAGGACCAUCCAGAGGGCAGGGCAGGCCUUGGGGCUGAGCAGAGCCAUGUCGCCUACUGGCUUGUGAGGUGCCCGCCAUGGCCCGGUCCCUCACCUGGCGCUGCUGCCCCUGGUGUCUGACGGAGGAAGAGAAGACAGCGGCCAGAAUAGACCAGGAGAUCAACAAGAUCCUCCUGGAACAGAAGAGGCAGGACCGGGGCGAGUUGAAACUGCUGCUCUUGGGGCCAGGAGAGAGCGGAAAAAGCACCUUCAUCAAACAGAUGCGCAUCAUCCAUGGCACUGGAUACUCAGAGGAGGACCGUAAGGGCUUCCGGCCACUCAUCUACCAGAACGUAUUUGUGUGUAUGCAGUCCAUGAUCGAAGCCAUGGAUCGGCUACAGAUCCCCUUCAGCAGGCCUGAGAGCAUGCAUCACGCCAGCCUGGUCAUGAGCCAGGACCCCUAUAAAGUGACGUCAUUUGGGAAGCCCCAGGCAGUAGCCAUACAGUACCUGUGGAGGGACGCAGGCAUCCGGGCCUGCUAUGAGCGCCGGCGGGAAUUCCACCUACUGGAUUCUGCUGUGUAUUACCUGUCUCACCUGGAGCGCAUCACAGAGGAUGGCUACAUCCCCACUGCGCAGGACGUGCUGCGAAGCCGCAUGCCGACCACCGGCAUCAACGAAUAUUGCUUCUCGGUGCAGAAAACCAACCUGCGCAUUGUGGAUGUUGGUGGACAGAAGUCAGAGCGGAAGAAAUGGAUCCACUGUUUUGAGAAUGUCAUAGCCCUCAUCUACCUGGCUUCACUAAGCGAAUAUGACCAGUGCUUGGAAGAGAACAACCAGGAGAACCGAAUGAAAGAGAGCCUGGCAUUGUUCGGCACGAUCCUGGAGCUGCCCUGGUUCAAGAGCACCUCUGUCAUCCUCUUCCUCAACAAGACGGACAUCCUAGAGGAGAAGAUCCCCACCUCCCACCUGGCCACCUACUUCCCUAGCUUCCAGGGUCCCAAGCAGGACGCGGAGGCGGCUAAGAGAUUCAUCCUGGACAUGUAUGGGGGCAUGUACUCGGGGUGCAUGGAGAACCCCGAGGGUGGCCGCAAGGGCUCCCGCUCCCGCCGCCUCUUCAGUCACUACACCUGUGCCACCGACACGCAGAACAUCCGGAAAGUCUUCAGGGACGUGCGGGACUCGGUGCUCGCCCGCUACUUGGACGAGAUCAACCUCUUGUGACAGCCCCCAUGGCCCGGUGGACCCCCGAGGUCCCUUCACUCCAGGACCCUGACUCAGUUUACCCUUUUGCAAGAGAGUUGGUGAAAUGGUCAUUUGCGGUGCCAAAGUGGAGAGGAAAUUACAAUCUUGGGGUUUGCAUGGGUGGUGGGGGGUCUCUUGGGGUCCCCACCUCCGGGUACGUCCCCCUAGGGUGGAGGUAGACCCUGGCGGCUUCAGACGUGGACUCUGCUGCCCCCUCGUGGACACACUGAGAACUGCAGGCUAGGGCCAAGAGGGCCUUGAUCCUGAGCUGCUGCAGGCAGGACCCUGACCUGGGCGCAAGUAUUCAGAAAAUUCUGGCCUUUGCACAUGUUCGGGGUUCCCCAUGUCCGGCCCCAAGUUUGCAGGGAAGGAAAACCGAGGUCUCCCUGCUUCCCGUGCCCCGUCCGGCCUGGGCCUCCUCCUCUGUAUUUAUUCUGUUGUGUUCUUAGAUUAUUAAAAUAGGGCAUUUUGCAGCUCUGUAGUUUCCCAGGGGCUAGUGAAGGACCCCCGUGGGGGCCUCACCUUUGCCUACACCGAAGGUGGGGGUCUCAGGGAGGAAGGAACGGAAGUUCUGCUUGUCAGUACCUAGAACUGCAGCAGGAUUAAGCCAGAAGUAGAUUUUGAGGUCUCUAGGCCUGGAGGAACCCUGUGUCCCCAAAUUCCAGCAUGGGACAGGGCAGAGCUUUGCCCAGUACAUGGUGUGGCUCCUGUGGCUCAGGCUACCUUAAAAAGAGGAAACUUGCCCAGUGUGGUGGUGUGCCUUUAGUCUCAGUAUGCGGGUGGCAGAGGCAGGUGAAUGUCUGUGAGA